UCCUCGGAGGAGUGAGGGAGUGCGCGCGUCUCUUGUGACUGGCCCAAGUGUAAUGUGGAAAUGAUACGCUCGUAGGGCGAAAAUGUGAUGCUCUGAUGUGCAUCUGGUGUUCAUCUCGUAGUUCAUGCCAUUGCCAAGCGACUAACCCUGUGUUAACUCAGUGUGUUCUCGUAUUUAGUGCAGGCCAAAUAAGAAAUCGCCAAGAUGGCCGACCUGGAGGCAGUGCUGGCUGAUGUUAGCUAUUUGAUGGCGAUGGAGAAGAGUAAAUCUACUCCAGCAGCGAGAGCCAGUAAGAAGAUCAUCUUACCAGACCCAAG